AUGAUGCCAUCCCUGCGAUGGAACAUUUCCAAUUUGUCUGACCAUACAGCCAGGGGUGUUUUCUUUGAUUUGUUUGGUGAUGGUUUGUUCACAGCAGACCAUGACUUAUGGAAGAGACAGAGAAAAGCAGUGGCAAUGGCUUUGAGCAGCAGCAGUUUCAGAGACCAGAAUAUAAUUCCUUUUGCAAAAGUUACUGCAGGAAAUUUGAUCUACCCAGGAUGUUUAAGCUCUGGGCCUCUUCUUGAUGUUCCAUUUGCCAUGGCCUUUGAUGAAGCUGUAGAAGCUUGUACUUAUAGGCUCAUUCUUCCUCCAUUUUUUUGGAGUUGUAUGAGAUUUUUGAAUGUGGGUUCUGAGAAAAUGCUGAGGAGAGCUCAAGCAGUGAUAUGUGAUUUUGUAUCAGAGAUGGUGAAGUGCAGAACUGAGGAGCUCAAGCCAGAAAAAGGAAUAAAGCAUGGUGACAUUUUGCCAACUUUUAUCAACAUGGAGGAAGAAGAAGGGCGUUCCCCUUCUGAAAAAUUGCUCCAGGAUUUAACUAUUAGUAUAUUACUUGCUGGUAGAGAUACUUCUGCUCUAGCUCUUUCCUGGUUCUUCUGGCUUCUGUCCAUGCAUCCAAAUGUGGAGCUAAAGAUAAUCUCUGAAAUAACCCAGAUACUGAAGUCAAAACACAUGAAUGGCAACAACAAUAAUUCUUGUGACAAGAUUAAUAUGUUUGGUUUAGAAGAAUUGAGAUGCAUGAACUAUUUGCAGGCAGCAAUAUCUGAAUCUCUCAGGCUUUAUCCUCCUGUCCCUGUAAGUUAUAGACAAGCCAUGGAAGACAGCAUCUUGCCUGAUGGAACCCAUGUUAAGAAAGGCUCAAAGCUUCUGUAUUUUAUCUAUGCUACAAAGAGAAUGGAGAGCCUGUGGGGGAAAGAUGCCUUGGAAUUCAAGCCUGAGAGAUGGAUUAACAAAGAUGGUGUUUGUAUGAAAGAGUGGGAUUAUAAGUAUCCUGUGUUUAAUGCUGGUCCUAGGCUGUGCUUAGGGAGAGAUACUGCUUAUGUCAAUAUGAAGUUAAUGGCUGCAAAUAUUCUUGCUCGUUAUAAAGUGAAAGUCGAUCCUGCCCACAUUGUGAAACCUAAGUUUGGACUGACUCUCUUCAUGAAACAUGGCCUCAAGCGAUGUCGAGCAACGGGGGAUCCUAGUGUGGAGGAUCUAUAUUAUCAAUGUGUGGCUCUUGAUCAAGAGCCUGUGCAGGUGGAUCUUGAUCGGGAGCCUGUGAAGGUACAUCCUGGGACGCCAUCUAUCUAG